AUGAUCCUGGAAGCUUGCACAGGGCUAUCUUGUUACCUUGCUGUAGCAUCAGCUAAGCCUAACUCUAGCAAGUCCAAUGGCUCCUCUGCAAUCAGACACGGUUUAUGCUGCCCAACCGGCGGUUACAGCGGCAUAUUAUCAAUGUGGACGUCGAAGAGGGGCAAGAACACGGUGUUUGCUGGAGAAGGGGACGAAGGUCUCGCGUACAAUGGCGCCGGCGUUGAUAUCAAUGCAGGUUCCGAACUCAUUCGAAGAAUAGCGAAGAUAGCGCCUGGCAUUGGAGGCUUCGGUGGUUUUUUCCCUUCAGAUGAUGGUUCGUACCUUGUUGCCAGUAUGGAUGGUGUUGGAACGAAGCUGAUGCUUGCACUCGAAACUGGCAUUCUUGACACAAUUGGGAUUGAUUUGGUUGCAAUGAGUGUCAAUGAUGUUGUCACUUCGGGGACAAAGCCUUUGGGUUUCCUUGAUUACUAUGCCACUGGCCACCUUGAUGUGGAUGUUGCUGAGAAGGUUAUCAAAGGCAUUGUUGAUGGCUGUAAGCAAUCUGAUUGUGCUCUUUUAGGAGGAAAGACUGCAAAGAUGCCUGGUCUCUACAGAGAAGGUGACUUUGAUCUAUGUGGCUGUGCUGUUGGCAUUGCGGAGAAAGAUUCUAUAAUUGAUGGAAAGAACAUUAUUGCUGGUGAUAUUCUUAUUGGUUUGCCAUCUAGUGGAGUUCAUUCUAAUGACUUCUCACUUGUAAGAAGGUUGGUUUUGGUUUUGACGAUGAGUAAUCAAAUCUAUCAGUUUUGUUAAAAUUCGGCUUAAAUAUGAUUUUGGUCCUUGCAAAUAUGACUCAUUUUGAUUUU